CGAGAUUUAAGGUUUAGGGACCCAGCACGAGUCAGAAUGUAUACCACUUAUUCUCUGUGCUGCUGAUUCUGCAAAUGCUUGUUGGUCUCAAGUUAUGUGAUAAAUCGACUGCAAAAGAUGAUGUAUGACAAUGAGUCAUACAUAGUUUGGGUUUCAUAUUCUCAACAAACAUAUCCAUAUAAGAGAUUAAUAGACACUCAGCUAUAUCUGGAACUACAAUACUAGAAUGCUUUCCUACAGUUCAUAUGAUGCAGAUUUAUUACGUAGGUCGCUGACAGGAAAGAGAAGGGACGAUUUGCUCUGCUCUUGGGAGUAUCUAGUCCUAAGUGAUACAUCAACAGACUGAUUGGGAAGCAUUGGAGUGCAUAUCAGUCCAGCUGAUUUCUAUCAGCUGGAUGGAAAUAUCGGUCACUGAUCUGAUCUGGAUAGCGAGGGGGAUUUUCUCGGAAUCAGCUAUUUGGUCUACAAUGUCCGAUCAACAUUCAGAGAUACGUACAUUCUGCCAGCAUAGUUCUCAUAUAACUUUUAUUGGGAUGAUUAGGAUGAAAGAUCCUCAUGUUACACAACUUGCAUUGAUCUCGAGGUUUUCCCAGCAGAGUGUAUGCUUUUCUACCUAUUGAUAUUUACUUGAGAUUUACAAGAUGAGGACUUUUGAAACAGC